AUAUAUAUAUAUAUUAGGGUGAUUCAUAUUUUUCGAAAAUCAAGUUGGUCCUACCUGGAAUGGUUGACCACCAAUAUAAAAAUAAUUUUAAGCCCAAAAAUUUUAAUGUCACGUGACUUUAAGGUCCCCGCCGGUCAAAUUUGUGUACAAAAACGUAUCAAACUUUAGGGGUCUGGCAGGGACCUUUAAAAUCAACUCAGAAAGCCAACUUUUCUUUUAUAUGGUAUAUUUUGGGCUAUUUAUUUAUAAUAGAGUAGGACCAAAAUGAAAUAUGGUGGUAUUUAUUCCACAUAGUGUGGAGAAAGUGACGAAAAAAACGAAUUUUUACAUAAAAUGACGCACCACUACGUAUAACUGAUGCUUGUUUAUUCUUCAUAUUUAGGCCGAAUUUUGAAAAAUAAUGUUAGGACUAAGCAUUAAUAAUGUUUAUAUAGAAGGGGCAUGUCAAUAGCUAUCCGCCCCCCUCACCCUAUUUUCGGAGAUGUCUCCCCCCUCCCUCCCUCCCCCCCCAUACUUUGUUCGUUGGAGACGGGAGGGGGGCAUAUUUAAAUUUUAUUGUAAAUCAUAUUAUUUAAAAUCACUUUUUUUUCUUUAGAAAAAAAGACAAUAUAAAUAUUAAAUUAUGAUAACAUUUUGAUGACUGAAUAUUUUGGAAUUUUUAUUAGUUUUCGUGGUAAUUUUAUAAACUAACAAAUUAUCGUAUUUGCGGAAGACAUAUUGUCGUAAUUUUAAAUUUUCUGCUCUGUGUUCUGUGUAUCCUGUGUAUCCAUAACAUUCUAUAAAAGGUAUACUAUCUGCGGUUAUAUACAAAAUUGUUAUUGUAAAAUACAUGUCAUUUAAUCAAAGAAUGAAUAUGAAUUGUUUUCUUUAAUCAAAUGUUUAGAAACCAAGAUGCCAAGAUCAACAAGGCUUAAAACAAAAUCUUUUUGAAGAAGAGGAUCUUAUAGAAAACCUACCAGAAAUAAUGUUUUCAACAAAUAAAGACAUUAUUCUCUACUUUCAGUUUAGAAGAUCUGGAGACAAAAUAACUCCAACAAAAAAGCUGAUUGCUUGUACCAUUGGUCAUCAAACAGCAAAGUGUUCUGGUCUUGGUAGCUGUCCUGAAAACUGCAUUAUGUUUGCAGUUAAGAAACCUUGGAUAGACGGAGGAUACGAGGAUGGGAUACUCACUGACCCAUUUAUAAGGAAGCAUAUCACUGAUCUGAUCAACAGCUGGGAGAGUUUAAAGAAAAGUAAGUGUAAGAACUCGAAAGAAGCAGGAAAAGCUAGACAAGAUUUCAAAAAAAAAGGAAAUAAGGUUUUCUGGAUUGCUGAACCAAAUAUCCAAGAUAUUCUAAAGUAGACAAGCCUUAAUAAGGUCUCGUAUCGUACUGAUAUGAAAUUUUUGAGAGAUCAAAAGGCCAGACGUAAAAUGACUCUGGGUAAAAAAGACAAGCUAUAUAACCGGAGGGUUGAGAAGAGAGAACAGAGAAGAUUGAAACAUCCACAGUUAGUACAUAGUGUUGAACAGUUUUCUCAGAGAGAUGAUUUGACUAUAGAGCUUCAGUUUUCUUCUGAAACUAGUGAUACAAGUACCAGCAUGGACUCAGAUUGUUCUUUUGAUUUCGAACAGCCAGGUCCAAGUAAUGAUACGUCGCAGUUAGCCAAGAAUUUUGUACAAGAUAUUGCCAUGACUUCAGUUUCCAAAAAUAUUUCCUCUAGAGAUUUGUUGCAUGUGUGUACAGAUUUGGUUGUUAAUUCAGGUGGAAAUGUUGAAAACUUUUUACUGUCUCAAUCAACUAUUUGGCAAGAAAAAAGAAAACCAUCCAUCAAAAUGCUGCACAGCACAAAAGGGAGGUUAAAAAAGCUGCUGAGAAAGCACUUUUCCCCAUAAUAGCUCACUUUGAUGGAAAAAUUAUAGAUUUCACUGAUGGGAAAAAAAAAAAAGAGACAGGUUUGUUGUUUCAGUUAAUAUUGAUGUAAACAUUAAGCUUCUUGGAAUUCCAGCUAUGGAGCAUGGAACUGGAGCUGCUCAGUAUGAAGCUUUGAAUAAUGUACUGGAAGAUUAUGGAAUAUGUGACAAUGUGAAGGGAUUAUGUUUUGACACAAAUGCCUCAAAUACUGGAAGACAUUCAGGAACCAAUACUAGGUUCAGUCAAAGACAGGAAUCUAUUUUGUUAGAGCUUGCCUGCAGGAGGCAUAUUUAUGAGCUUCAUCUUAAACAUUUCUGGGAGCAAAUUACCUCAGGCAAAACAGCAGCUCCAGAAAAUUUAAUGUUUAAACGGUUUCAGACAAACUGGAAUUGCAUCAAGGAAACUGUUGAUCCUUCCAAUUUAAUAAGGUUUGAUAUCAAUUCCAUCAGCAAUACUUUCUUGGCUACCCAGAUUGAGGAAACUAUCCAGUUUUGCAAGGAUGCAUUAAACACUGACAUUGUUCUCAGAGGGGAUUAUAGGGAGUUAUUGGAACUUACCCUGAUGUAUCUGCAUCCUGAAAUAUUUUUUAAAGUUCGAGCUCCAGGCUGUGUUUCUCAUGCUAGGUUCAUGUCAAAAGCCAUUUACUACUUGAAAAUUCAGAUAUUGAGUACACAUCUGCCCUAUGAUUUGACUGUUUCCCAAAGGAAAGAGUUAAAGGCAAUGGCAGAAUUUAUCUCGAUUUUCUAUUCUGUCUGGUUUCUGAGAACCUCAUUACCAUCAGCUGCACCAUUUCAAGAUGUAAAAGCUUAUUGGCAAAUGGUGCAGUACAAAGAACAUGUAGAGAAACACAACGCUGAUUCCAAGAGAGUUCUAAACGGAAUUAAAAGCACAAUGAUGUCAAUGAAGAGACACACCUGGUACUUAGAUGAAACUUUAGUUCCACUUGCUCUCCUAGACCCUGACCUUUCUAAUGUGGAGAGAGAAAACAUUGCAAAAACAUUAUUCUCCAUACCAGUUCCUGAUCAUUUUCAGCAUUCAGAGAAGUCAAACUUGAUCAAAGAGUUAAAUUUUAAACAAGAAGUGCCACCAGGACUUGCUCGAUUAAUCGGAGAGAACUCUUGGUUCAUCUUCAGUUUGCUAAACCUGACAAGAAUGGAGGACAAACUUUGGUUAAACUCUCCUGCUCCUAUGUGGUGCUAUGUUGACCAGUUCAAAACAUUCUCCAAUUUUGUAAGUAAACUUGAAGUAGUGAACGAUAGUUCUGAAAGGGCUGUAAAACUUGUAUUAGAGUUUGUGAAUAAUGUUCACAACGAGGAUGAUCGCCAAGAACUUUUACUAGCUGUGCAGCAAAGACGAGAUCAGCUCCGUGGGUCAGGAACCAAGGAACAGUUGCAGCUAGCAUAUAAAGCAAUAUGCAAGAAGAGAAAAAAAAUAACAUGAUUUAUAUAUUAUAUUUAACUAUUGCGUUAUAUUUUAUUAUGUUUACAUAUCACGAUUUUAAUAUUUAUAUUGC